AUGCGUAUUUCGUGUCGCCGAUUCGGGCUUUCGUUUCGGGCUCAGAGGAGGCCCGAGGCUCGUAAAUCCGUACGUGUUUCCUGCAUUGGCGAUAAUCGCGAAACUGCUGUGAUUACGAGCAAGUCAUGGGACAAACUGAUUCUAGAAAGUGAAAUCCCCGUGCUAGUCGAGUUUUACGCCAGCUGGUGUGGGCCCUGCCGCAUGGUCCACCGAGUAAUCGACGAGAUAUCGACUGACUACUCGGGAAGAUUAAAAUGCUACGUCCUUAAUGCCGACAAUGACCCAAAAGUCGCGGAGGAUUAUGACGUUAAGGCUGUGCCAGUUGUCUUGCUGUUCAAAAACGGCCAAAAACUCGAUUCUGUUGUUGGAACCAUGCCUAAGGAGUUCUAUGUGGCUGCCAUUGAAAGAGUUCUCGGUUCUUAA